AUGCUGGUUAUCGGGGUAGAUGGAGGGGCAACGAAGACGGAGGCGACGGUCAUGGACGGGGAAGGGCAAAUAGUUGGAAAGGCUACUUCAGGCAGCACAAACAAGAAUAGUGUGGGAAAGGAUCAAGCCACGAUGUCCCUCGUCGCUGCAGUCCAGGACAGCUUGAAGGCUGGAAAUGCUGAUAUGAAAGAUGUUCAGUGCAUCGUUCUCGGAAUGUCAGGUUGUGAUACACCCAGUGAUGUGGAUUUCUGGCUUUCGAUCUGCGCGUCUAAGUUUCCUUCGUGCAAGGCCAUAGUGGAGAAUGACUCAGUGAUUGCUUUGUGUAGUGGAACGGGAGGGAGGAUGGAGGGCAUCGUAGUCAUCAGCGGCACAGGGAGCAUUGGUCUUGGAAUCUCCCAGGGAGGAUCGCAACGAGUGAGAGUUGGAGGGAUGGGCCCGCUGCUGGGAGACAGUGGCAACGGGUACAGCAUGGGGGCUGCUGCGCUGAGAGCAGCUGUGCGAGCAAGCGACGGGAGGGGCCCGACGACUGAGUUGCUCGGCAUGAUCCUUGACAAGUAUAAGGUGCCAAGUGCAGAUGGGCUGCUGGAGAUCGCGUACGGGAAGGGGACCGAUGUCCCUGCGAAGUUUGCGAGCUGGGACGAAGUUGCUUCCCUUGCACCACUUGUGGUCAAGGCCAAGAGAGAGCAUGGCUGCUCUGUGGCGUCUCAGAUCCUGGAGCAGACGGCGCAAGACAUCUGCGAACUUGCAGAGACAGUUGCAGCAAGGCUCUCCUGCUCGUCGUCUGACUCAGAGACGUUCACGAUGGCAAAAGUUACCAGGCCCAACAUGACACCGUCAGAAGCAGCAGCACGGAUGGCGCUGACUCAGCUAAGAUAG